AUGUCGUUUAUAAUUCGUUUGCAAAAUCUUGCAUGGGAAGCACGUUCUCAAGAUAUUCGAAAGUAUUUUGUUGGCCUACAAAUUCCCGAUGGUGGUGUUCAUAUUGUUGGAGGUGAAAGAGGUGAUGCAUUCAUUGCGUUUUUGUCUGAUGAUGAUGCUCGACAAGCAAUGCAAAAAGAUGGUGGACAAAUAUGCAAUCAAUCUGUUAAGCUAUUUUUAAGUAGUAAAAGUGAAAUGCAAAAUGUGAUUGCAGCAGCGCGUGGUAAAACAAUGCCAACAUCAUCGACAAUUGGAAAAAGUCAAACAGCACCAAAUCAACAAUCAUCCAGCACAAAUCCAUCGUCAUCAUCAUCAUCUUCAGCAAAUCAACAAUUCACACAAGAUAUUGAUGAAACAUCAAAUGAUAAUUCUCGUCACCAUCAUCAUCAUCAUCAACAACAAGCACAUCAACAAACAGAAACGAUAACAUCCUUUCUUGAUGUUGUUAAUAAAAUACAAAAACCAAAUCAGUCUCUGCAAAAUAAUACUCCGUCAUCAGCAACAAAUAAUUCUACAAACGCUAAUGCUGCUGCUGCCGCUGCUGCGAUAGCACCAGCAAAUCUUGUGCUAUCUUUAUUACAGUCAAAUAUACCACCAAAUCUAUUAGCACAAUUGGCUGGUCAAGGUUUAAACGCUCAGCCGAAUGCUGUUCUACAACAAAUUGCUGCUUUACAAGCGGCAAGUUCACAGCAAAAUGCUAUACCAAUGCAAACUGGCCAAUCACCAAUAUAUACAAAUAAUCCAUUACAAUCGCAUUUACCCACGUCAACAUCCGGCAUAUCUACAUCGUCUCAUCAGGGUCUUACACCAUCUUCAACUCAUGGGCUGCAACCUCAUGAUACAGUAUCAACAACAACAUCGAAUGGAUCUGCGCUAAACUUUAUGCACAAUGUUCUACCGCCGAUGACAUUCUUACCACCUAAUGCCAUGCCACAACUGCCACCGGGAGCAUUAAAUGCGCUUAUGUCCGCUGCACCUGUCUCAUUACCACCCAAUUUUCCUCUUCCGCCGUGGUUACAAACAUCAACACCACAUCAUAUUCCUCCACCACUCAUUCAAAAUACACCAACAGCAAUGCAAACAUCCGGUUUUAUGUCAAAUGAUCAUCAUAAUAACAAUCAAUCCACACAUCAAAAUCAACAACGUACAUUGUUAAGUAAUCCUAGUCAUACAACUAAAUCAACAUCUGACGAACAUAUGAGAACAGUAAAUGAUUAUAAUAAUAAUAAUUCGAAUUAUCCUCAACAAUAUACAACCGCUGCAUCGCGUACCUCAACAUCCAUAAAUUCUCGACAAAAAAUACGUGAACCCUAUUUGAGAGUGAAAAACUUAUCAAAAAAAUACUCAUAUCGUGAUGUUAAAUUAUUAUUUUCUGAUUAUAAAUUACGUUUAGAAGAUAUUAAAAUGAUUAAUGAUCAACAAGGUGAACGAACAGGUGAAGCCGUUGUUCAAUUUCGUUCAAUGGAAGAUGCCGAAGAAGCAUUAUCACAAUUUAAUAACGUUUACUAUGGCGGACAAAAUGUACAAAUUAUACCAGCAACAGAAUAUGAAUUUGCCUCAUCUCUAGAUUCAUUUAUACCAACAUCUAUGAAAAAACGACAACCAGAAGGUGGAUAUUGUGUUAAAGUACUAGGUAUACCAAAUAAAUGUUAUAAACGUGAUAUAAGAAGAUUAUUUACCGCAUCAGAAAUUGUCGCUGAUCGUGGAAUUUAUUUAGAUUUAGACAUGGAUGGAAUGAUAUGUGGACCAGCAUUUAUCGAAUUUCUUAGCGAAAUUGAUUUAGAAAAAGCUUUAUUCUAUCAUGAUGAACAUUUUGGCAAUUCACGACUUGAUAUUCAACGUAUAUCAAAAAAAGAAAUGGAAAUGGAAAUAAGCGCGUUAAAACAAAAAGAUCGUCGUGGUCGUGGUUCAAGUGAUGAAGGUCGUUUACGACGUUCUCGUAGUCGUUCACGUUCGCGUGAUCGCGAUAUACGCAGUGGCGGUGGUGGUAGAAAUUAUCAAUCACGUAUGAAUCAAGAUGAUGACGAUGGAACAAAUGGAAAUACCAAUGUCUCAUCGUAUCAGCGUCGUCCAAGAUACAACGAAGAAUUACCGCCGACAAUUUGUUGUUUGAGAAUGAGAAAUAUUCCUUAUGCCACACGUGAGAAUGAUGUAAAAAAUUUCUUUCAAGGUAUUGAUAUCGCUCAGGAUGGUGUGCAAUUUAAAUAUGAUAAAAGUGGUCGUCCAGCUGGUGAAUGUUAUGUUCGAUUUUCAUCAAGUAACGAUUGUCGAAAAGCAUAUGAAAAAAAUCGUUUACAAUUUGGUGGUCGUGUACUUGAAUUACGACCAUUAUCUUUAUGGGAAUUUCAAUCGGCAAAUAAAGAUGAACCAGAUGAAACCGGUGCAACAUUUUCAUCCAGUGGUGGUUUGGGACGGGUAACAAAUUUUAAUCAAAAUUAUAAUAACAAUAGAUCAUCACCCAUGGAUACGAAUCAACAAAAUAAUUUUCCAGAAAAACGUAAAUUUCAUGAUAGAGACGAUAAUAAAAACGACGAACGUAUGAAAUCGCCUACGAAUGAUUAUUCACAACAACGGUCACGACAAUAUGGUGAACGUCGACAACAAUAUGAGAAUAGUAAUCAUAAUGCAUCAUCAACACCAAUGUCUCUCGCUAAUUCAACAAAUGAUUCGCAAAAUGAUAAAUCACCUUCGUCAGAUGAACAACGAGGAAAAAUUUUAAAAACGAACAGUGUUAACAAUCUUCAAGACAGUCGUUCACCACUGAUGGCCAAACAAUUAACUCAAUUGCCACCUGGCUAUGAUCAGUAUCGUGGACAAGUAUUAUUAAUGUCAAAUGUUCAUUUUCGUGCAACAAGAGAAGAAAUUUUACAAUUUUUAAGAGCUUAUCGUCCAAUUGAAGAUACUUUAAAAAUUCAUCGUGAUUCAUCUGGAAAACCGACUGGACACGCUGUUGUAGCAUUAACCAAUCGUGAUGAUGUUCAACAAGCUCUAAAAGAAUUGAACAAUUCAUAUUUUCUACUUCGAAAAAUAUCUGUUUGCGUUGUAUGA